AUGCAGACGUCCCUGCAGCCGGGAGGCGGGGCAGCGGCCCAGGCCAAGUCACCAGCGCCCUGGGGCCACGCCCUGAGGCGGGCAUCACGGCGAUCGACGCGAUGGGGCGCCCUGCGGCUGGCCGCCAAGAACGAGAAGCUGAUGUGGGAGGCGCUGAGGGAGGCGGUGGACGAGGAGAUGGAGCGGGAUCCUAACGUGCUCGUGAUCGGAGAGGAUGUUGGGCACUACGGUGGGAGCUACAAGGUGACCUAUGACUUGUACAAGAAAUACGGAGAAUGGAGGCUGCUGGAUACACCAAUCUGCGAAAACAGCUUCAUGGGAAUGGGUGUUGGGGCAGCCAUGGUUGGGCUGAGGCCCAUCGUGGAGGGCAUGAACAUGGGGUUCCUCCUCCUAGCAUUCAACCAGAUCUCCAACAACUGUGGAAUGUUGCAUUACACUUCCGGUGGCCAGUUCAAAGUCCCCAUGGUCGUUCGUGGACCUGGCGGUGUUGGACGGCAAUUGGGAGCAGAGCACUCGCAGCGCCUGGAGUCAUAUUUCCAGGGCAUCCCUGGUGUUCAGUUAGUGGCGUGCUCCACUGUGGCCAACUCCAAAUCGCUGCUGAAAUCGGCGAUCCGAAGCGACAACCCAGUUGUCUUCUUCGAGCAUGUGCUGCUGUACAACCUAAAGGGCGAGACUGUUGAUGGUGACUAUUGCCAACCCCUUGAGAAAGCCGAGAUCGUCAGGGAAGGCACUGACUGCACCAUCUUGACGUACAGCCGUAUGAGGUACACUGUCUUGACGGCUGUCCAGGAACUUGAGAAAAAGGGAGUCCAUCCAGAGGUGAUCGAUCUCAUUAGCCUGAAGCCUUUUGAUAUGGAGGCCAUUGCCAAGAGUGUGAAGAAGACGCGGAGAGUCAUAAUUGUGGAGGAGUGCAUGAAAACGGGUGGCAUUGGCGCCUCGCUCUCAGCUGUCAUUUCUGAGAGCCUGUUUGACGACUUGGACCACGAAGUGAUGCGUUUGAGCUCCCAGGACGUCCCUACUGCGUAUGCAUACGAUCUCGAAGCAGCGACCAUCGUCCAGCCAGAGCAAGUUGCGGAGGCUGUGGGGAAGAUAUGUGGACUGGUGCCAGCAUGA